CGGAAUUAUAUUUUGGGUUCAAGGGCGAACCGCUGUGUAUCGUAGUGGUUCAUGCAAUAUGUGAUGACAAUAUUCUACGAUAGAGGGCAUUGAAUUAGGCCAAUUAAAAAUAAAACAGCUAAUUUAUUUUCUUAUUAUAUCCCUUGUGAUAAUCCGUGACCUUGUUCAUAUAUAAUCUUCUCAGCGAUCCGCGCCUCCUUCUUUCGAAAUCGCUUCAUAUCUCAUUAUUUAGGUAAAAACCUAGUGACGAAGUGCAAGUGAAAUCACGUUCAAAAUGCAUGUCGAAAGCAUGCAUAUUUUAGUUACCAAGUAGCCAAAUUACCCGUAAAAAUGUGAGAAUAUAAAGGCUAGUGAGCCAACUUUAAAUUGUAUUAUUUAACCCACGUAUUCAAUUAGACUUGUCUCACGGUCACUGAGAAAUAAGGUGUUUAUGAAGUGAUGGUGAUGAUUCUUAUGCCAAUUCUGUGACCGUUUAAGUGAAGAUUUAAUUCCAAUUCUCAAAGCAUGAUACAAAUAAAUACAGAAAGGACUUUGAUUCUGUGAUCAAGUUCAUGUGUCUAGAAUAGGACAGUUUAAUUAACUGGCACAGUGCCAAGUACUGUUUUUAUGAGUGAAUAAACGGACCAAAUGGCAUCCCAUUUCCGGAGGUUGGCAGUAGGAACUGUUGCGUUUGGUGCUGGAGCAUGCCUCACAACAUGGCUUUUAACAAGAGAUGGAAGUAUUACGUUGGAUCAGGUGCAUGCAGCACAGAAGGAAAGGCGUGCCAAAAGACAGCUUCCAACAAGAGAUGAACAGAUAAAGAGCCUACAGACAGAAGAUUUUGAUGUUCUUAUUAUUGGGGGUGGCGCUUCAGGAUCAGGCUGUGCACUGGAUGCAGUUACAAGAGGUUUGAGAACUGCCUUGGUAGAAAUGGAUGACUUCGCGUCAGGAACUAGCAGCCGCAGCACCAAACUGAUUCAUGGCGGUGUGCGAUAUCUUCAGAAAGCCAUCAUGAAACUUGAUAUUGAUCAAUAUCGCAUGGUAAAGGAGGCUCUGCAUGAACGAGCGAACAUGUUGACUUCGGCCCCACACCUCAACCACCCACUGCCAAUCAUGCUGCCCGUUUAUACGUGGUGGCAGAUUCCCUACUAUUGGUUUGGAAUCAAGAUGUAUGAUGUUGUAGCGGGAGCAAAGACCCUCAAGAGCUCGUAUUUUCUGUCAAAAAAAGAUGCCUUGGAAUUAUUUCCUAUGUUGCAAGGGGACAAAUUAUGUGGUGCUAUUGUAUAUUAUGAUGGUCAGAUGGAUGACGCUCGCAUGUGCCUUUCAGUAGCGUUGACCGCUACACGUCAUGGAGCUACAGUAGCCAAUCACAUUCGCGUUACAAAACUAUUAAAAGAGAAAGAUCCAUCCGGAAAGCCCAUACUGUGCGGGGCAAGUUUACGUGAUGAGAUUACAGGAAAGGAGUGGGAUGUCCGUGCCAAGUGCAUCAUCAACGCUACGGGGCCCAUGACUGACACGAUUCGUAAAAUGGACAAUCCCACAGUAAAAGAAAUAUGCUGCCCCAGUUCUGGGGUUCAUAUUGUGUUGCCAGGAUAUUACAGUCCCGAUCAGAUGGGUCUUCUUGACCCGGAUACGUCAGAUGGCCGAGUAAUUUUCUUUUUACCUUGGCUGAAACACACCAUUGCGGGCACGACAGAUCUGCCUUGUAAAGUCACGCACAACCCAAAACCAACUGAGGAUGAAAUUUUAUUUAUUUUAGAAGAAGUGAAAAACUACUUAAAUCCCGAUGUUGAAGUCAGGAGGGGUGAUGUUUUGUCAGCAUGGAGUGGUAUCAGACCGCUUGUGUCUGACCCAAAUAAAGAAGAUACUCAGUCCUUAGCGAGAAACCACAUUGUCCAUGUGAGCGACAGCAAACUGGUGACGAUAGCAGGAGGCAAGUGGACAACAUUCAGGGCCAUGGCAGAGCAUACCAUUGAUGCUGCGAUCAAAGCAUGUGAUUUGAAACCCGUCUAUGAGAAAUGUCAGACUGACGGUCUGAGAGUGGAAGGCGCACAUAACUGGACCCCUACGUUGUACAUUCGCUUAGUGCAGGAUGUCGGCUUGGAAUGUGAGGUAGCUCAGCACCUAGCACAGUCGUACGGAGAUCGAGCGUUCAAUGUAGCAAAACUCGCAUCACUCACAGGGAAGCGUUGGCCUAUCAUCGGCAAGAAAAUACACCCUGAGUUUCCAUAUAUCGAUGCUGAGAUUCGAUACGCUGUUAAGGAGUAUGCGUGCACUGCUAUUGAUGUAAUAGCUCGGAGGCUUCGCUUGGCAUUCCUUAACGUUCAAGCAGCUCAGGAAGCACUUCCUACGAUCGUUGACAUUCUGGCCGAGGAGCUGAAGUGGAGUAAUGAUGUAAAGAAGAAACAUUUCGAAGAAGCAAGAGCUUUUCUACAAAACGAGAUGGGUCAGGCGGUGAACAGGGUGUCUCGCGACAAGCUCCCGAUCAAUCUUUCCAAAGACGAGAUCCAGUCAUCCAUCAAGAGAUUCCAGAUUAUUGACAAGGAUCGUAAAGGCUACGUCUCCAUCACGGAUAUCAGGCGAAGCUUGCAGCACACGGGUGAAGAGGUUUCUGGCGAGGAACUACACGAAAUUCUGAGAGAGAUCGACACUAACAUGAAUGGACAAGUUGAGUUGGACGAAUAUUUACAGAUGAUGUCCGCGAUCAAGUCCGGUCACGUCGCGUACUCUCGAUUCGCUCGCAUGGCCGAGAUGGAAGAGGAACAUCACGAGAGAGAGCUCUUGAAGAAACAGAUUUCUGUGGAGCGCAGUGGCGGCGGCCUUUAAAAUCAGAGAUGAGUUGCUAGUUCUUCAUAGGUGUUGUUUCUCCCCGUGGAAUGCAAUUCCCUCCCAGCCCACCCGCGUCGUCCCCGGUGAGUAUCCGAAUAAUUCCAUACAGUAUUGAAUGUACUCGUAGUUAUCGUAGUUUUGUGCAGACGGACGGUUGUGUUCAAUAUGCCAAGAUUGUCAAGAGCGAAGACGAUGCUUCGAUUUAAAAGCGAUAAGCGUAUUAUCAUGUAUCCACGCAGAAAUGACACUAAUGCCUUCUUUUUAAAUGAUGUUACUAUCGCAUAAAGACAGCAAAAUUGUGAUUUAAUUGUCGAGUCAUAGUUCGUUGGCGGUUUCGAGGAAACGUGACGAGAGUCGUUUCAGAUGGUUCUGUUGUAGAAGUAAAUUACGUAGAAGUGCAUAAAUUUGAUUCGGUCUUAACACGUGAACAUAAAAAAUCCCACACGUGUCACUUUUGGACAUUUUUUUUAUAGACGGAUUCUAGAAAAUCUUUGUGGUGAAAUUCAGAUGAGGUUUCGAAGACCUGAUACAGUAUCAAAUCAAAAGACCGAUUAAAUAUUACUUGCAAAGGAAGUUCCGAAGCUCAUCAUUAUAAAGAAUAAGAAGUAUAAAGUAAUAGACGUGUUAAUGGAGACUUCAAUCAUAAAACUACCUAAUAAAACAGAAAAUGUUUGACCUUUAAUGUCACUUCUCUCGGUUGAUACAGGGUGUUCAUUCCUUGUCGUUUAAAAUUCAAGCAAUUUUGUAAGUCUGAAAUAUGAAAGACGUGUCACGGUUUCUUUGCACGUUUCCUCCGAACAUCACGAUUUAUGUUGUUUUUGUAAAAUUUAAUAGAUUUAGUGGUAGUCAUUUCAGUUGGUAAGUGUUGUUAGGGUUUUAGUUUCAAAAAUGUUGAGAAUCGUUUUAAUAUUAUUUAUUAUCCAGCUCACCAAAGCGAUAUUUUAUUUUAUGUUUAAAAUGUGAAAUUAAUCUUGGGUCUCAGUACAGGAUGGAAUUCCUUAUAAUUUUUAAAAUAAAACUGUAAAUAUAAAUUUGUCAGUUAGACUUAAAAAUUGUAAAUACACGUCUCUAGGAGGCGUUAAUUAUGAGCACCAGACUCGAUGCUCAUGUCUCAAAUAUCGCAAAAAAACUCCCUUCUCAAAUGACAUAUUUAAUUAUUUGUGUGUUUCUGCUUCAUUCGUUGAAGAUCUGAGCUGUAAUUAGUUUUUUCAAUUAGUAGAUAAAGUAUGAGCACUUGACCAUA